AUGUCUCCCCGCCCCAUUCUCAAGCGCGCGCUCUCUACAGAGCAGCACUCCCAGCAGUUCCUCCACCACCACCACCGCCACAUACACCACCCACAUACAACACCCUCCGUACACUUCCCCCCCUCCCCCUCCCUCACCCGCACUUUUUCUGUCUACUCAGCUGCUGCAUAUGACCGCUCGCCCAUCGUAGUGUCCCCCAACACCUGUGCUCUCCCAGAGCGCGGUUGUCCAGGCCGCACCUACCUCCUAGACGAGCAGGCUACUCCAUCGCGCGCACCCCGCUCAAGGGGCAUCGCCUACGCCAGAGACUAUCACCCCCGUGCCCUUGCAUUCGCUUCUGCUUCGAGCAGCACCAGCAGCGCUAGUCGCGAUUAUGCCCAGGUGCCCCAGCUCGUCCCAGAUAUCUCCUCAGAGAGCGAGGAGAGCGAUGGCUUCUACAGCAUGCCCCUGCCCCCCACCUCCCAGCAGACUUUCGGCAUCCAUGGCCUUGCUGGCCCUAACGGGAACGGCACACACGCCAGCGUAAAGUACCACAGCAACAGCAGCACCAAUCAUCACUACAUCAGCAUCAACAAGCGCAGCGACUCUAUCGCCAUCGCCUCGGGUGAAUACACGCCCUGCAACGACGCGCACGAUUCCGAUCCACUCGCAUUCUUGCCUUAUGGUCCCGCCUCCCCGUCAUCGCCGCACCACUUUGCCGCCGAGCACGACGAGAAGGCGUACAAACCGCGUCGCAAGCGCACCGACCGCCGCCACGAGAGCUCCGCCGACCCCGACCGGAUACCACGCGGGCAUGUCGCGGGAGAGCGCGAGAGCCUCUCCCUCGGCAUCGCUUCGCUGUCCGUUUCGCCAUCGCAGAGCGCGCCGGUGAAGAGGAAGAAGGGCGUGAGGAGGUCCGUGCCUGUCCAGCAGUCCUUUGGCACAGGCGCGUUCUGCAGCUCCGAUGACGGAUGCUUGGGAGGGUUUUAA